AUGCUUGACAGCGAGAUGUUGACCAACGAGUUUCGGCCGAGGGCUUCGCACCAUGUGUGCAUCCUGCCACGAGGCACCGCCGAAGAAAGCGGCGUGUGCUCACGCGCCGGCUGGUUCAGCUGCAGCGCCGGCGGCACCCGCACCUCUGGCUUCUGCACCGGCGGCUCAGGCACCCAUGGAGGCGGCGGCUCAGGCACCCGCACCUCUCACCUCUGCACCGGUGGCUCAGGCACCCGCACUUCUUACUUCUGCACCGGCGGCUCAGGCACCCGCACCUCUCACUUCUGCACCGGCGGCUCAGGCACCCGCACUUCUUACUGCUGCACCGGCGGCUCAGGCACCCGCACCUCUCACCUCUGCACCGGUGGCUCAGGCACCCGCACUUCUUACUUCUGCACCGGCGGCUCAGGCACCCGCACCUCUCACUUCUGCACCGGUGGCUCAGGCACCCGCACUUCUUACUUCUGCACCGGCGGCUCAGGCACCCGCACCUCUCACUUCUGCACCGGCGGCUCAGGCACCCGCACUUCUUACUUCUGCACCGGCGGCUCAGGCACCCGCACCUCUCACCUCUGCACCGGUGGCUCAGGCACCCGCACUUCUUACUUCUGCACCGGCGGCUCCGGCUCAGCUGUGGAAACUUCGCCCGUGCAGACAAAGGGGUACAAACGCUUCCGUGCAAAGAUGCCAGAGCCAGUGGAGUUUCAGGAGGCCCUGCAGGCGGCUGCUGCCCUGACGGAUGAUCAGCGCCAGCUGAUCUUGGAGCUGGCUACUGAUGUGGAGGGUGGCAACACAGGCCGCGUGGCGUACAGCAAGAAUCCAACGGAGCACUGCAAGGUGUGCGGGGGGCAACGACAUCAAGUGAAGUGGGGCGAGGUGCGGUCAGCUGAGCGCACCCAGGCUAGCAUUCCGCGUGGGAGCUUGUGCUAUUGCUGCGUCAGAGCCGCGAAAGAUUUUGGCUUGAGAUGCCGAUCGUACACGGUGUACCGCAAAGCGGGCGCCUUGUCAGUGUGGCGCGCGCGUUCCCUUCUGGAGCGCAGAAAGCUCAGCAAUUACAGCGGGGACACCUGCAAUUGCGGCACUUGCUUGGGUUGA